GGAGGAAAUGCUGCGCCGCUGGGGAUGGGUUUCCCCAGCAGCUUCUCUUCGCAGCUUGCUGGAGCUAAAGCCAAAGCCCCAGCCCUCCGUCCUUCCUUGUCACGUGGGCUUGCGCGGGGAAGGGUGUCUGUGUGGGAGAGGUGACCUGGAGCAGUGAAACUCCUGCAUCAGGACCCUCGGCUCUGACCUCUGUCAUGGCCCUGUCUCCCAGCUGGCUCACGCCAUCCAAUGCUCCUGGACUACACAGACUCCAACGCUCCCGACUAUGACAGAAGCCAGUGGCUGAGUGACAAAUUCAAGCUGGGCCUGGACUUCCCCAAUCUGACCUACUUAAUUGAUGGGGCUCACAAGCUGACCCAGAGCAACGCCAUCCUGCGCUACAUUGCUCGCAAGCACAACAUGUGUGGGGAGACAGAGGAGGAGAAGAUUCGAGUGGGCAUUUGAAACCAAGCUAUGGAUGUCCGUUUGCAGAUGGCCAGGAUCUGCUACAGCCCUGACUUUGAGAAACUGAAGCCUGGGUACUUGAAGGAGAUCCCUGAAAAGAUGAAGCCCUUCUCCGAGUUUCUGGGGAAGAGGCCUUGGUUUGCAGGGGACAAGCUCACCUAUGUGGAUUUCCUGGCUUACGAUGUCCUUGACCUGUACCGCAUAUUUGAUCCCAAGUGCCUGGAUGGAUUCCCAAACCUGAGAGACUUCCUCAGCCGCUUUGAGGUCAGUCCCUGGGCUGGGAACUUCCACAUGCCACCAGUGCAGCCAAAAAAUAAAAACCAAGACACAAGAGGACCAAAAGCCUGGCAAACUCUACAGGCAUGAUUGGGAUUCAGAGCUCUGGAGACACCUAUCGCAGGCCCUGGGGAUCCAGGAGAACGUUCAGAAGAUUAAGCCUGCAGGUAUGGGGGAAGCCACUGGGUCUGUGUAAGUUAAGCAUUUCAUAGACUGUAGCUGGCUCUGAAAUAACUUGGGCUGCAGUGGGCAGGCCUAGUUUGCUGGGCCAAAGUGCCAGCCCAUCUGUGCAGUAAAGAGGGGCUGAGCAUUUUCCAUCAGGACACCUGCAAAGCCGCAGCGCUCUCAGGUACGAUCUGAUUGGCAGGUUCCUCAAAGAGCGGCUGGGUGGCAGAGCUGGCCUUGUGAAGGCACAGGCUGGAGUCUUAGCUACAACAGGGAGAGGAGUCCCUGUCAAGGCUCAGUGGUUAAGGAACCCGACUAGCAUCCAUGAGGUUGUGGAUUCAAUCCCUGGCCUCUCUCAGUGGUUUAAGGAUCU